AUGGCUAAACGUCCCGCAAGAAUUGCCGUUAUUGUCUGCUCUAACCGAAAGCCUCGCGCUAACCCACAAAUUGCCAACUUUGUUCUUGAGACCAUUGAAUCCACCUACGAGAACAAAUGGGACCUAACGCCAGAAUUGAAAGUCAUUGACUUGGCUGAACUGAACCUGCCCUUCUUUGACGAGCCUGGCGUCCCAUCUCAAAUCCAUGAUUAUACCCAGUAUGCGCACGAGCACACGCGUGCAUGGAGUAAGGAAAUCCAAAGUUAUGACGGUUUCAUCUUCGUCACCCCUCAGUAUAAUUGGGGGUAUCCGGCCGUCGUCAAGAACGCUAUUGACUACCUCUACAACGAGUGGAAGGGCAAGGCGGCCAUGAUUGUCUGCUACGGAGGCCAUGGCGGCGGGAGGGCGGGUGAACAACUGCGACAGGUGCUUUGCGGCGUCCAUAUGCUUCCCACCAAAAAGGUUGUUGAACUCGCAUUCCCAAAUCGAAAGGUGUUGCUUGAAGCCGCGGCCGGCAAAGAUCUUGGCCUCGAUGGCUUCUCUGACAAAGGUGUCUGGAGCGGUACAACACGAAGACAGAUUGCCGAGACGUUCGCUGAGAUGAUGGAUAUCUUAUGCAGCGACAAAAUUUCAAAGGGACUCAAGUCGGCAGCCACAACCUUUGGCUUUGCGAAGCAGGAACUACGCAGAAAAUUCCAAAAAUCUUCUUCUGAUCGGUCAAGUGGUACAGUAGAAAAAGGAAGAGAUUAG